AUGAUGGGAUUGUUUCGGUUGUUGCUGCUUUACAUCCAUGUGCUAUCGCCCACGUUUGCGGGAGGUGUCACCCGAGUCUAUUACCUGGGGAUCCGCGAGGUGGACUGGAACUACGCUCCGACAGGGAAGAACGUAUUCGCUAACCAAAGCGUUGCACGGAACAUCAAAGCCUCAACGUUCCUCCAGCCUGGCAAAGACAGGGUGGGAAGCACGUACAAGAAAUCUGUCUAUAAGCAAUACACAGACUCCACGUACACCACUGAGAUUCCCAAACCUGGCUGGUUGGGCUUCCUUGGGCCCAUCAUGCGAGCAGAAGUGGGAGAUACCAUUAAAGUACACCUAAAAAAUUUUGCUAGUCGGCCAUACACAAUCCAUCCUCAUGGUGUUUUCUACGAAAAGGACUCUGAAGGAUCCCUGUAUCCCGAUAUGUCCCCCCAGGAUCAGAAGAAGGACGACGCUGUUUUCCCAGGAGGGAAUUACACCUAUACUUGGACUGUCCCUGAAGAUCACAGCCCCACUGCUGAUGACCCAAACUGCUUGACUUGGAUCUACCACUCUCAUAUUGAUGCACCAAGGGACAUUGCAUCUGGAUUAAUUGGGCCAUUACUUACAUGCAAAAAAGGAAUACUGACUGGCAGUUCUCAAAGACGUCGGGAUGUGGACAUUGAUUUCUUUCUUAUGUUCAGUGUGGUGGAUGAGAACCUAAGCUGGUACCUGGAUGAGAACAUAGCGUCAUUCUGCACAGAUCCAGGCUCCGUAGACAAAGAUGAUGAGGAGUUCCAAGAGAGCAACAAAAUGCAUGCUAUUAAUGGUUACGUGUUUGGGAACCUCCCUGAGGUGACGAUGUGUGCUGGGGAUUACGUUUCAUGGCACCUCUUCGGGAUGGGCAAUGAAAUUGAUGUUCACACAGCCUACUUCCAUGGAGAGACACUCAAUAUUCGAGGCCAUAGGACAGAUGUGGCCAGCCUGUUCCCAGCCACUUUUGUUACAGCAGACAUGAUCCCCAGUAACCCUGGGAGAUGGCUACUGAGCUGUCAGGUCAAUGAUCACAUACAAGCUGGGAUGGGAGCACUCUAUGAAGUCCGGCCUUGUUCUCGGCAAGCUCCAGCAUCCACCCUGGAAGGGAAAGUUCGGAAAUACUACAUAGCUGCAAAGGAACUGCAGUGGGACUAUGGACCUUCAGGGCUUGACCAGAGCAGUGGGAAACGGCUGAGCGAGGCAGGCAGCCCUGCAGAGCAGUUUUUCAAGCGUAGCCCCUCCCGAAUUGGGGGAGUCUAUUGGAAGGCAAAGUAUGUGGAAUGUCCUGUGAUCAAAGCCGAAGUUGGAGACACCAUCCUGGUGACGUUUGCUAACAAAGCCUCCUGGCCGUUCAGCAUCCAGCCGCACGGAGUGUCCUAUGGGAAGGCGUGGGAAGGGAUGCGGUACCACGACGGUCUGUCCUGGAAUGGGAUUUCUGUUGCACCGCUGCACAACUUCACGUACCGCUGGACCGUGCCGAAGCACGCGGGGCCGGCGCCUGACGCCCCGCCCUGCCUGGCCCGGCUGUACAGCUCCGCUGCCGACCCCGUCAGAGACCCCAGCGCCGGCCUGGUGGGGCCCCUGCUCGUCUGCAAGGCGGGCGCUUUGGAUGGCAACAACAAACAGAAAGGGAUCGACAAAGAAUUUUACCUUCUCUUCAGUGUGUUUGAUGAGAACCUCAGCUGGUAUUUAAAUGCAAACACAAAGUACUAUUUGACAAUGGACGAGUCUUCUGUGAGAAAGGACGAUGGCUUCGAGGAAUCCAACAGGAUGCAUGCCAUCAAUGGACUUAUGUUUGGCAACUUGCCUGGGCUGAAUGUAUGUAAAGGAGACAAUGUGUCCUGGCACCUUCUGGGCUUGGGCAGUGAAGCAGAUGUACAUGGAGCUGUGUUUCAGGGAAACACCCUGCAGAUGAAUGGGAUGCGGAGAGAUUCAGCCAAUCUAUUCCCCCACACGUUUGCUACUGCCUUCAUGCAACCCGAUAACGAGGGGACUUUUGAGAUCUACUGCCAGACGAGCAAUCACUACCAGGCUGGGAUGAGGGAACGCUACUCCGUUUCCAAGUGUGGAAAAAGGGAUCCUGCUCCUGCCCUUCGGUACAAGGGGGUGCGGACGUACUACAUCGUGGCAGAGGAGGUGGAGUGGGACUACGCGCCUGACCGACGCUGGGAGAGGGAACGGCACAACCAUUCUGCGGAGAGCUACGCCGAUGUGUUUUUGAGCAACGAGAACGGACUGCUCGGCUCCAGGUACAAGAAGGCAGUUUACAGGGAGUACACCGACGGGACUUUCCAGACCCCCAAGGCCAGGAUGAAUGGUGACGAGCACCUGGGGAUACUAGGUCCUUUUCUGUGGGCGGAAGUGGGAGAUAUUCUCAACAUUGUGUUUAAGAACAACGCCACACGACCCUACUCCAUUCAUGCCCACGGGGUGCUGGAAAGGGAGGCAGGACAGCCGCAAGUAGCAAACCCUGGUGACAUUGUGACGUACCGAUGGGAAGUUCCUGAGAGAUCUGGUCCAGGGCCAAAUGAUUCAGCCUGUGUUCCUUGGAUCUACUACUCCAUGGUGGACCCAGUAAAGGAUAUGUACAGCGGUCUGAUUGGACCCCUGAAGAUCUGCCGGAGAGGAACACUGCGGUCUGAUGGGAUGAGGAAGGAUGUAAAGAGGGAGUUUGCUCUGCUGUUCCUGGUUUUUGAUGAAAACCAGUCCUGGUACUUGGAGGAGAAUGUGAAACGUUACCGUAAGGGAAAUCACGAGGAGAUGAACCUGCUGGAUGACAGAUUUGUGGAAAGCAACAAAAUGCAUGCCAUCAAUGGGAGGCUCUAUGCAAACUUGCCUGGGCUGACCAUGUUCCAGGGAGAGUGGGUGAACUGGUACCUGCUGGGAAUGGGUCAGGAGAUUGAUAUCCACACAGUCCAUUUUCAUGCUGAGACCUUCAUAUACAAGAACGGCAAGAGCUACAGAGCAGAUGUGGUGGAUCUGUUCCCUGGGACCUUUGAAAUGGUGGAGAUGUUGGUUGGGAACCCUGGGACCUGGCUGCUUCACUGUCAUGUGUCUGAUCAUAUUCACGCUGGUAUGGAGAUAGUCUUCCAAGUCUUGCCCGGACCAGAGCCAGCGCUUGAAGCUGUGAACUACAGUGCAGAGCCGCCACCUGAGGAUGAGGAUGAGUCCCAGAAAAUCAUGCUUUUUGGAGCUAAGUUGGCUCAAGGGCAGAUAGAGGCCACAGUCAUCACUCUGGCCAUUGUAGGAACAGUGCUCUUCCUGGUCGCCUGCUUCCUCGUGGGAGUGGUCAUCUAUCUGGAGAGACAAAAGAGGUUAAGACGCAAUCGGAGGUCCAUCCUGGAUGACGGAUUCAAACUCAUGUCUAAAAAGAAUUCAGGGCUAUAAAAGCCACAUAUGAACUUCCGUCUGUGUGCUUGGAGCAGAGGUUGGAUGUUUGUUCACAGCAAAGAUUUUGGGGCAUCAUUUCAAUCAUACACUAGACUUCUAGAAGCUAAGGAGGG